UUACGCAGAUAAAUAAAUUAUCAGAUAACAAACGGUAACUACAGUUUUAUCGACAAUGGUAUUGGCUAUCGUAUUUGUCCUAACGGUAGUCGAUUAAACAGUGUGCUUUAUCCGUUUCAUAUCUGCUACGUACUUCAUCUGAUACAUCGGAAAGGUUUUUUUUUACGUAGAAAGUUUUAUAACAUACAAAUUAAGUUUUCAGUGCAUAAUUAGAAAAAUAUUCAUAAAAUUGAUGUCAGUAGUUAACGGUAGUUUGAAAAAUAAUUGUAAAUAAAGAUGUCGCGGCGAUUAGGAGAUAUUACACUUGUAAAACAAGUAGAAAUGUAUCCGUGUUUGUGGAAUUCUAAUUGCAAAUCAUAUUGUAGAGCGGAUUUAGUUAGUCGGGCAUGGCGAAGAAUUGCCGAUAAAUUAGAAGACAGUGUGGAUAAUUGCCGUGAGCGUUGGAAGCAUAUUCGUACAGCUUAUCGCAGAUCAUUACAACCAUCUAAAUCUGGCUUCCGAAGAUUAAAGAAACCUUACUUUUUAACAAACCAUAUUUCUUUUCUUUUUCCAUUCUUGAAAAGAAUGUCAAAAUCUGGAAAUAUUCUUUUAAAACCUGCGAUUGAUGAAGAAAAUGGUGAUGAUACUGAAGCUGAAGUUACACAAUACUCUAAUAUCGUACAGGAACAUGAUGAGACCAAUGAUAAUUAUAUUACGAGCGAAACACAGCAUAAUGACAACUACAAUAAUUUCGAAAAUAUAAUGGUUUCCAUCCCCAAAAAGCACAAGAGGGAAACUAAUUUUUCAGAAGAUGAUAGAGCAUUUAAAGAUAGAGAUGUUGAGAUAGAGCAAACAUUUCUCAAUGAGAUUGCAUUUAAAAAAGAAAAUGAAGUUAUAAAAGAAGAGGAUAGUGAUUCUUUAUUUUUUAGAUCCUUACUCAUUGACUUUAAAAAACUUGAUGAAAGACGUAAAAGAAAAAUGAAAUCUCAAUUUUUACAAAUAAUUAAUGAGCAGUUAGAGGUUACUGAAAUGGAAGCAUCUGGCAGAAUGAAUUUAUGCUGCUCAUCAACACCCACACAAAAUACUCCUUAUGAACCAAAUAAGAUUGAAGAGCCCCUUAUUACGGAUACACUUAAAGAAGAGUAUGUGGUCUCUCCAGAAAGUGACAAAUAA